AUGAGAUCAAGCAGCCAAAGUUCUGAAAACUCCAAGACUUGUCCACCUAACAACUUCAAGGCAACCACCAAGAACGAAGAGGAUAAAGAUGAAGAAGAUGAUGAAGGAGAAGAAGAUGAAGAAGAGAGAUCAGGAGAUCAGAGCCCAUCUAGCAAUAGCUAUGUGGAAGAGAGUGGGAAUCCUAAUCAUGAUCAGAUCAAGAAGAAUGGUGGAUCUGUGAGGCCGUACAACCGCUCCAAGACUCCGAGGCUGCGAUGGACACCUGAGCUUCAUCUUUGCUUUCUUCAAGCUGUGGAGAGAUUGGGUGGACCAGAUAGAGCAACACCUAAGCUUGUUCUUCAAUUGAUGAACGUCAAGGGGCUAAGUAUUGCCCAUGUCAAGAGCCAUCUUCAGAUGUAUAGAAGCAAGAAGACCGAUGACCCGAAUCAAGGAGAUCAGGGAUUUUCUUUUGAACACGGAGCUGGUUACGCGUACAACCUUAGCCAACUUCCAAUGCUACAAAGUUUUGAUCAAAGGCCUUCUACUAGCUUAGGAUAUGGUGGCAGUACGUGGACCGACCAUAGACGACAGAUUUACCGUAGUCCUUGGAGAGGCUUAACAGCACGAGACAAUACAAGAGUAAGACCAACACCGUUUAGCUCAAUGCCUGGCGAGAGAUAUCAUGGGCUUAGCAAUAGCAUUCUUGACGAUAAGAACAAAACUAUUUCGUUUCGAAUCAAUUCUCAUCAAGCGGUUCAUGGGAACAAUGGAGUAUCUCAAGUUGUUCCAAGAGUUCAUAAAAGUUUUCUUGAAGGUGUGAAAACGUUUAACAAAUCAUGGGGACAGAGCUUCUCCUCCAAUCCUAAUUCUUCGACCGCAACAAGACCAGAUCAUAUUGCUACGACAUUAAGUUCUUAUCAAAGGGACAAUGCUCGAGAAGCCGAAGGAUCAGAGAAUGUUUUAAAGAGGAAAAGAUUAUUGUUAUCUGGUGACUGCAAUAAGUCGGAUCAAGAUUUGGAUCUAAGCUUGUCCCUUAAGGUACCUCGGACACACGACAACCUUGGAGAAUGCUUGUUACUAGGUGAAGGAAAAGAACAUGAUGAUCAUGAAGAUAUCAAGCGUUUGUCUCUUUCAUUAUCUUCGUCGAGUUUUGAUAAACUCGAUCGAACUAUUAGGGAAGAAGAUCAAAAUAAUCAUAAGAAGAGAAAGAUUUCCGUCUUGGCAAGUCCCCUUGAUCUCACUUUGUGA